UCUGCUCUGCAUUUUGCUAAUGAUGCUUCAUUAAAAUACACUGGACAAACAUUAGAAUUAUUAUCAGAUAGGGAAAUGUAUGAAACAUAUGAAGCUGGAAUAAGAGGUGGAAUAUCUAUGAUUCCACACAGAUAUGCAUUAGCUAAUAAUUGUUACUUUUAUGAUAAUAAAAUUGGAAAGACUGUUAAACUAUCCAAAGAAAAAGCGAUAGAAAAAGGUAUAUAUAACAGUAAAAAGCAUGUUAGCUAUAUUUUAUACUUGGAUGCUAAUAAUCUAUAUGGGUAUGCGCUUAGUCAACCUCUUCCUAUAGGAGAAUUUAAAUAUGAAGAUGUAAAUGAUUUCACUCUUGAGACAAUUAAGAACUUGCCUUAUUACGGAGAAUAUGGUUAUACAUUUCUCGUUGAUUUGGAUAUCCCAUUGGAAUUGCAUGAUAAAUUUAAAAAUUAUCCAAUGUUACCCGAACAUUAUGUACCUAGUUAUGAUGAAUUAUCCGAAUAUCAAAAAGAAAUGAUAUCUAAGGGAAUAGGUAAAAUACCAACUGGCGCUAAACUUAUGUGCACGUUAAAAUCAAAGAAUAAUUAUUUAAUUGAUUAUAGAAUGUUACAAGAAUGCUUUAAUCAAGGAAUAAUCUUAAAAGAUAUAAAAAAAGUAAUAUCAUUUAGACAAAAAGCGUGGUUGAAACCCUACAUUGAUUUAAAUACAAAACUUAGAUAA